AUGAAUCAGCGAGCUACCCCAAGAUCCAAAAUUGAAGAGCUCAAAACUUUAAUCAGAAUUAGGCCGCGAACUGGUAAAAAAGCUGUUAAUUUAAACACAACGAUCACGACAACAAUUAGCAAUAUUUUGGCCAAUUCAGAUAGAAAUCCUACAAAUAACACUUUAAUCAUUUCAAAGCCAUCAAUGGCUUUACAUUCCUUAGGGAAAAGCAUAGGAAAUCGAAACCCAAGAGCUUAUCGAGGGAUUCCGACCUUUAAUUUGGCGAAUGUAACACUAAAUAGUUCGUUAAAUUCAAGCGCAUCAACUUCAACAAGAAUCCCUAAGCCACCUUCAAAGCCCAAAGAAACUCAAUUUAUUCGAAAAGUUUCUCAAAACACUCAAGAAAGUGGCAAACCUCAGCUUCCAAUCACACCAAGUUAUGCUAUCCAGCACUAUAAAUCUGAUUUCACAAAUUAUGAAAUAGGAGAAAUUCUUGGGUUCAAUGAAAUUUAUUAUUGAGGAGGAAAAAUAGCUAAAGUAGUAAACCAAGGCCCAAAUCAUGGCUUUGAUGACGCAAAAGCAAAUUAUUUGCUUUAUAAGCAUGACCAUCUUGCUUAUAGGUAUGAAAUUUUAAAAGUUCUUGGGAAAGGGUCAUUCGGGCAGGUAUGUGAAUGCUUUGAUCAUAAAAAUAACGAAAGCGUUGCAAUGAAAAUUAUUAAAAAUAAAAAACAAUUUUUGCCUCAGUCAGCAGUGGAGUUAAAAGUAUUGAAAACAAUAAUGGAGGAAGAUAGCGACAAUUCGAAUAAUGUUAUUCAUGUAAAAGAUUAUUUUAUUUUUCGUCAUCAUUUAUGCAUCUCAAUGGAACUUCUCAGCUCAAAUCUUUACGAUUUGCUUAAACAGACUCAAUUCAAGGGCCUUUCUUUAGGGCUCAUUCGGAGAUUUGCUAUACAAAUCUUAAUCGCUCUCAAGUUCACUAAAAAACUAAAGCUGAUCCAUUGUGACCUGAAGCCAGAAAAUAUCCUCUUGAAGCAAGCUAAUAAAUCAGGAAUCAAAGUAAUAGAUUUUGGUUCUGCUUGCUUUGAGUCAGAAAGAGCUUAUUCUUAUAUACAAAGUCGGUUUUAUCGCGCUCCAGAAGUUAUAUUAGGAAUUCCAUAUGGUAUGGAAAUAGAUAUAUGAUCUUUUGGCUGCAUUCUUGCUGAAUUAUAUACAGGAAACCCAAUUUUCCCCGGAGAAAGUGAGGCUGAACAAUUGCAAAUUAUUAUGUCGUAUUUGGGUGUUCCCCCCUCAACUCUAUUGUCAAGAGCACCACGAGCAAGAAUUUUUUUUGAUGGGGAAGUGCCACGCUUGGUUCCAAACUCUAAAGGGAAAACAUAUGCACCUUCUUCUAAAAGUAUUUUAAAAUCUAUCAUUACAAAAGACAGUCAAUUUCUUGAUUUAAUUCAAAGAUGCUUUGAAUGAGAUCCAAAUAAAAGAAUAACCCCAGAAGAAGCUUUAUUGCACCCAUGGAUUACAAGUGGACUAACAAAAACUCGACCACCUGACGAAGCUAGAAGGCAUCGUCCAAAUCUUAUAAAGGAAUCACUGAAAAAUAUAAUGAUAGAAAUUGAUUAA